AAUUGUUUUUAUGGUAAGAAUCCUGAACAAGUCCUUUGAUAUAUAUAUUGUGAGAUGGGAAUGGAUAGAGAAAGAAUAAGAUUAAAAGAGGCUAAGAAGUCGAAUUACGGAGUGAAAGAGCUCACAUGGGAAAAUGGGCAAUUAACAGUUCAUGGUCUAGGCGAAGAAGUCGAACCAACCACCUCCAAUAACCCUAUUUGGACCCAAAGUCUCAACGGAUGUGAGACUUUGGAGUCUGUGGUUCAUCAAGCGGCUCUUCAGCAGCCAAGCAAGCUUCAGCUGCAGAGUCCUAAUGGUCCAAACCACAAUUAUGAGAGCAAGGACGGAUCUUGUUCAAGAAAACGCGGUUAUCCUCAAGAAAUGGACCGAUGGUUCGCUGUUCAAGAGGAGAGCCAUAGAGUUGGUCACAGCGUGACUGCAAGUGCUAGUGGUACCAAUAUGUCUUGGGCGUCUUUUGAAUCUGGUCGGAGCUUGAAGACAGCUAGAACCGGAGACAGAGACUAUAUCCGCUCUGGAUCAGAAACUCAAGAUACUGAAGGAGAUGAACAAGAGACUAGGGGAGAAGCAGGGAGAUCUAAUGGACGACGGGGACGAGCAGCAGCGAUUCAUAAUGAGUCCGAAAGAAGACGACGUGAUAGGAUAAACCAGAGGAUGAGAACACUUCAGAAGCUGCUUCCUACUGCAAGUAAGGCGGAUAAAGUCUCCAUCUUGGAUGAUGUGAUCGAACACUUGAAACAGCUACAGGCACAAGUUCAGUUUAUGAGCCUAAGAGCUAAUCUGCCACAACAAAUGAUGAUUCCGCAACUACCUCCACCACAGUCAGUUCUCAGCAUCCAACACCAACAGCAACAGCAACAGCAGCAACAACAGCAGCAGCAGCAGCAACAACAACAGCAGCAACAGUUUCAGAUGUCGUUGCUUGCAACAAUGGCGCGAAUGGGAAUGGGAAGCGGUGGAAAUGGUUAUGGAGGUUUAGUUCCUCCUCCUCCUCCUCCACCAUUGAUGGUCCCUCCUAUGGGUAACAGAGACUGCACCAACAGUUCUUCAGCCACUUUAACUGAUCCGUACAGCGCCUUUUUCGCACAGACAAUGAAUAUGGAUCUCUACAAUAAAAUGGCUGCAGCGAUCUAUAGACAACAGUCUGAUCAAUCAACAAAGGUAAAUACCGGCAUGCCCUCAAGUUCUUCGAAUCACGAGAAAAGAGAUUAGCCUAGCGAUUAUUAUUGAUCCAUAUAUAGUUCUUAAAAAAUUGUGAUUGUAAAAACUGUUUUUGAGUAUGGAAAAGACUUGCAGAGAUAAAACUUGAAAGCUUCACAACUUCAUCUUCUGAUAUAAAAUUCAGUAAUUGUC